CCAGGCGGGCCAGACACCCUCACCCACGGGUGCUGCGCUUGCAAGGCUGAGGCAGGAGAAGGCCGCACCCAUGGGCUCUCAGCAAGCUCCACUGACCGCUCUGUACCUGCUGGGGAUGCUGGUCACUUCCUGCCUCGGGUCCAGUUUGGGCAGCCCAGAUUUACAGGUGAGGCUAACUGGCUCCCACUCAAAGUGCCAGGGCAAGCUGGAGAUCUUUACUAGGCACUUGUGGCACACUGUGUGCAGCUGGAGCUGGGGCCAGAGCCUGGAGCACCAGGAAGGAUCACGGCAGGCUACUCUUCAGGCCAGCAAAGUCUGCCAGCGGCUGCACUGUGGGGAUGUCUUCAUCCUGGUCGCUUCCUCUCAAUUCAACAGAACCCAGAACCAGAUCAUCUGCCAUGGAACCCUAGGGUCCUUCUCCAACUGCAGCAUAUAUUCACCAGCCCAGUGUCCCCCAAUGAGUUUGAUCUGCCUAGAGCCUCCAAGAACAACACCUCUACCCACAAGCCCCCCACCCACAACCAUGCCAGAACCCACAGCUCCCCCUAGGUUGCAGCUGGUGGCAGGGCCAGGGGGACUACGGUGUGCUGGCGUGGUGGAGUUCUACAGUGGCAGUCUGGGAGGCACCGUCCUCUAUGAGGGCCAGGACAGACCCCAGGACCUGGAGAACCUCAUCUGCAGUGCCCUCCAGUGUGGCUCCUUCUUGAAGCAUCUGCCACAGACUGAAGCAGCCAGAGCACCAGGCCCACCAGAGCCAACAGGCGGAACAGACAGUGCUGGUGUGGUGGAGGGGAGGAGCCCAUUGCCAAUUCGAUGGAAGAUCCAGGACUCCAGCUGUGCCUCCCUACCACAAUGCUUCAGGAAAACCCAGCCCCAGGAGGGUGGCCAGGAACUUGCCCUUGUCUGCUCAGGUUUCCAGCCCAAGGUGCAGAGCCGCCUGGUGGGGGGCAGCGGUGUGUGUGAGGGUACUGUGGAGGUACGCCAGGGCACGCGGUGGGCAGCCCUGUGUGACAGCCCUGUGGCCAGAGGCCAAGGACGGUGGGAGGAGCUGUGCCAGGAGCAGCAGUGUGGCCGCUUCAUCAGCUUUCACAUGCUCGAUGCCAGUGGGACCUCCCGAGGGCUCACCUGUCCCCAGGAGAAGCUUUCCCGAUGCUACGCGCUUCAGGAGAAAAAAGCCUUCUGCAGGAGGGUGUUCAUCACAUGCCAAGAUCCAAACCCAGUAGGCCCGGCCGCAGGCACAGUGGCAAGCAUCAUCCUGGCCCUGGUGCUCCUGGCAGUGCUCCUGGUUGUGUGUGGCCCUCUUGCCUACAAGAAGCUGGUGAAGAAAUUUCGCCAGAAGAAGCAGCGCCAGUGGAUCGGCCCCACGGGAAUGAACCAGAAUGUGUCUUUCCAUCGCAACCACACGGCAACUGUGAGGUCCCAAGUUGAGAACUCCGCAGCCUCCCACGUGGACAAUGAAUACAGCCAGCCCCCCAGGAACUCCCACCUGUCUGCUUAUCCAGCUCUGGAAGGGGCCCUGCAUCGUGUCUCCACCCAGCCUGACAACUCCUCGGACAGCGACUAUGAUCUGCAUGUGGCUCAGAGGCUGUAAAAAGAACUGGGAACCAGAAACAAAAAAGCAAGAACUUUUCCUGAGGAAGCUCUGCCUUUGCCACUUGGAAGCGAUGUUCCUAUUUCUACCCUCAUCCAGAACUUGGACAGAGACCAGGGUCCUUUCACACAUCCUGUGCCCUGCAGUGUAAGUGGCUGUUACAUUCCCCAACUUCCGGGUCAUAAAGGCCCCUCCAAGUAUGGAUACUGUGAAAGGAAGAGCCCAGACACAAGCAGCUGUUCCAAGCAGAGGUGGCCAGGGGGGGGUCCCUUUUUAUUUUUAAACUCUGGGCAGCCCCCUUCCUGUCUGUUCAGGAGCAGCCUCAAGUGAAUUUGGCUUUCUCCUUGACUCUGACCCCAGUGAGGAGUGACAAGGAGGCACACACCUGCAUUGGAGAUUAUUUCUCCUGUGUAUUUUAAAUAUGUUCUUUGUAAAUAAUGCCUUUUCUACUUCCCAAGAAUUUGUGUGCUCUGGCCUAGUCUGUACAGGUUCCACCCCUGUGGUCCCCUCUGGGGAUGCCCAAAGAAGGGAAACCUGCCAGGGAGCAUCUGCCAUCAUCCUAGUCAAAGAGCUGCACCCAAAAGCUCAAGACAGCGCAGCAUCAGCCAGCCAGAGAGGAGUGGGCCAUCAGGUUCACUGUCCCCCCUCUUCCAUCUAGAACCCCUACAUCCCUCUUCCAAAAACAACUUUCUCUCCAGACAGUGGGGCCCAGUGAGUGUCAAGGGCACCUAUACAACCCUAGGGCUUUGCAAAGAAGCACCCCACAAAUCCUAGCCGAUUAAGCUUUGUGUUCCCCAUAACUGCCAGAAGUCCCAAGCUAUGGUGGAUUUAGCCAAUUGCAGCCAACCAUCCAACCCAAGAACCAGAGAAUGGGAGUGGGUAUGCUCCUCAGGCUUAAAUAAUCCCCUCGACUAAGUCUCCUCAAGUACUCAGAGGUCAGAGACAUAGAGCUAAGCCCUGAGGUGCCUCAGUUUCCCUAACUAUGAGCGAGAGGAUGGUAUCUAACCAGGAACCCCAAGUCCAACAUAAGGACAGGCUGUGCUGUGCUGCUAAAAAGUCAGGUGGCUCCCUAAGAAAACAAAGUGGCGUGAGUAGGUGACACAUCUUGGGUUGGAGCCUCUCUCCACACAAUUUGGCGCUGUAGCUCCUGACCCAAGCCAUGGCAGCCAAUUCUAGAAGAGAAGAGUCACAAGAUGUGUGUGUGGGGGGGAGGGAUGCUCACAGAAUCAGGCAGCCGGUUGGCACCAGCAUUCCAGAAGGGUCUGGGCAGCACCGUGUCCCUCAACACCCUCUACUGGGUCUCAGUUCUGACAGCCCAGAUGGCUGAGCCCAAGUCGCCAAUCUGUCCCCAACCAUGCUGGAAAUCCAGAAACAGAUUAGCCAUGUGACUCCCCAUCACUGGUAGGGUAAGGGGAUUCCCCAAAGGGAGUCACAAGGCUGUUGUGGAGGGAGAAACAAGGAUCUGAGGAGCCAGUGUCUCCCAUCAGCUUUUACCUGAUAAAAGCUCUUUCUACUUUGGCUCCCACACAGUGGUCUUAAAACCACCCUGGCCUACUUAAAGACAACCCCAAACACUCAGAGUAUAGUUUAGGAGAAGUCUUUAGGAAACUACUUCUGUGUGAUGUGGGCCCAGAUGAUGCAUCCAGCAAGCCCUGCUUGGCUACAAAACUGAGCGGGAAUUACAUCAGCUUUAAGGCUUUUGCCAAGUUUCUAGCCUUGGCUGGUGGACCAGACCCUCAGGCUACCCAGCAGGUACUGCUCCUCCACUGGAUGACUCAUGCAUCUCCCUCAGUUAUUGAGAAUGCCCCUUUGUGACCUGGGCAAGUAGAGUGUCACCAUUCCGCAUCACCAUAGCCUGUUGGAGCAGAGCAAGAACUUCCCCUUCCACUCCCCUGUCCCCCAUACCAAUCCACUUCCCAAAACAUUACUGGACACUCCUUGGAGGCAUUUGUGUGCAACUCCUGAUUAUAGUACAUUCUUUUCAAGAUAAGUGAAGGAAGCCAAGAGCCCAAAAGGAAAGUUCCUGGAGACACCCUCAAAGUUGCUUUGCACCCAGGGAUGGGGGUAUAGAUGGAGCUGACCUGACAGCUGGAAGGACAGCAGUGUCUUCAAUAAGCUAGGGAUCUCUUCAGGCUCACAACUGUGCACGUGGCAUCUGUCCCUAAGUGCCUGGCUCUGUAGCAAGAGGCCCACAACUGUCUGACAAAAGAUACCAGUGACUUCACAAGACAUGGGGAAUGAGGCCUGAGCAGUGUGUGCUACCAUCUCAGGUGUGUGGCCCAGGGAAGAGGGAGAAGGGUAGCAGGUGUAUCACACUGAGUGACAGAACUCAUGACAGUCCUUUCUUAGAAAGCUGGCUCCUGAUGUCUCUGCCCCUGCUCUAGCCAACCCAAUGCAGGUGACUUGAUUGUGCUGCCAGUCAGAGUGAAGUGCGCAGCUUGUUACUACAGAGCCAAGCUGUCCUGUCCUCAGCCUUGAACUCUUGUACCACAAGCCCAGAGUACAGCUGGGAGCAAAGAGCAGCAAAUGCUGGACCAGAGCCAGGGACUUUCACUGUAUCCUAGGGACAACUUUGGCACCACAAAGACACAACAGAGGAGCCCUGCAGCCUCUGGAAUCCUAUAUGCUGAGCCUGAAACUCACCUCCACCCCCAGGCUGUGCAAUUCAGUUCCUGUAACAGCCCACUACAGUCUCUUUCUCACUUAAAAUUGGGCUAACAGGGCUUAAGAGGACUCAGGCAGAGAACACAUGAGGGCAUCAGGAUGGGCAGCCCUGUUAGUAUGUCUUGUUGGUGACUUUGAGCACCACUGUGCAUCCUCCACAGGUACCUUGUCCUUGUUGGCUUGCCAGAAGGAAAGGCAGAAAGGUUGACUUGUAGGAUCAUCAGAAAUCCUGUCUUUUCUGUCGCCUCCCACACUUCCUCGAAGCUGCCAGCCCUUCUGACAGCAAAUGUCCUCCCAUGCCUGGUGAUAAGCAGCUCAGCAGAAGCACUGGGGGGACACUGGGCAGGGAGCAGCCUGGUCCAUGACAGGGUGGUUGGUUCCACAUCCAGUUUAGAAAUUCGAUAGGCCAAAGCUAGGCUGACAGACAUCCUGCCAGCCCAGCAGGUGGCAGAAACAAGUGCUUUCCAGUCUGAGCUGAGGCUCGGGUGCCCCCUGGUGGGAUCCUGUGGCCCUGCAUGACACAGCUCCAGCCCAGGACAAGGCUCCAGCAAGAAAAUAGCUAAGGAAAAUCAAAAGCAGGGGCAGAAAAGGAAAUGCCAGAAAAUCCAGGCCCAAGGUGAAGGAGCAAGGGAGGGCAACAGACUACGUCUAGGGAGAAGCUGCCCUGCUGAUAGGAAUCAGGCCUUCUAGUACAGCAUGAUUCUGAAGACUGCAAGAAGCCCAGGACCCCACAAAUAACCCACUGGAGCCACAACGAGACACGUAACUCAUCCAAGUUUAUUACGGCAAUUAAUUACACAAACAUACAGGCAAUUGUUCAUUUACUUUAGAAGCACUCGCGCAGACUCUGUUAGUGAAUUCUCUUUAUAAAUAACUUAGAAGCAAGCACAGUU